GUGUAAUAAUAGUUCAAUGCAAUCUAGGCCAAAACGAAGAGAUAAAGUUUUCGAUUUAUGAGUUUUUUAAAAAUAAAGGCCACGUUUUGAUAUUUACGUGCAGUGUCUAAAAGUAUAUUACUAAAUAUAAAGUAAAUAUUAAUUUUGAUAUUAUUAAUCCUGUUUGUGUGAAGAAGGUGGAGAUACCAUAAUAAUGGCAUUGCUGGGGACUCAACUAGUCCUUACACUUGUCAUGGUCAGCAUCAUACAGAAAAUAAGUCCUCACUUCUCCUUCUCAAGAUGGCUGAUCUGCUCCACAGGAUUAAUUAGAUAUCUAUAUCCGACGAAUGAUGAAUUGAAAACACUUGCAAGAGUUCCUAAAGAAAAGCCCAAAGGCAAAAAAGAUCAUCGGGGGAAAUAUGCUGAGAAUGGGAAAUCCGGUCCAGAAACUUUCCAUAUCCCCAGAAAUUUAGACAUUGAGCUGGAGACUGCCAAAGUUACAGACUUGGACGUGAUUCACUUGCGCUACUUUGGGGAAUACCAAUGGCUUCUGGACUUUGCUGUCUACGCGUUAUGUGUGUAUGUGAUUACAGAGGUUUACACAUUUUACUUGCCCCUCAAAGAAGAAGUGAAUCUAAGUAUGUUGUGGUGCCUGCUAGUACUGUUCUUUGCAUUUAAGAGUCUUCUCAUUCUAACUGUGCAGUACUUCCAAGGUUCUGAAAGUGUUGGGGAAAGAUCUACGGUGAUUGUUACAGCAUUUGCAUACCUGCUGGUAUCCAUGAUGAUUCUGAUAGUGGAUGAACGCAACCUAGAGUCUGGCCUAGAGACUGCGUACGCCAGCUUCAACCAGAGCGCUGCCGAGUUUCUGGACAACCAUGGACUGGAUUCACAGGGUCCAGCCUCCAAGUUGAUGUUAAAGCUAUGUCUGGCUGUAUGGUGUGCUCUUACUGGCGCUCUCUUUACCUUCCCUGGUUUGAGGGUGGCUAGAAUGCACUGGGACUCCCUCAGGUACUGUGGUGAACGAAGGCUGCUAUGGAUAUUGCUCAAUAUCAGCUUCAUCGCUCCUCUUUUCCUGGUCCUGAUGUGGAUUCCUCCAGUAACGAAGGAGUACUUUACCCAUCGAGUCUUCACAGGCAUGACUGCCCCACUGAUGUCCGUGCCUACUUUUGAGAGUCUUCGUUUGGUUCUAGUCAUUGCUACAGUGCUUCUGAGAGUUGCAGUCAUGCCUGUUUAUCUUCAAGCUUAUCUCAACAUGGCCUACCACCGAGUGCAGGAGCAGAAGAAGGAAGCUGGACGAAUCACUAACGUUGAACUCCAGAAAAAGAUAGCAGCAGUGUUUUAUUACAUGUGUGUUGUGACUCUUCAAUACAUCUCUCCUCUGCUCAUGUGUUUGUUCCUCACUCUCAUGUACAAGACUCUGGGAGAGUAUUCUUGGGAAGCUCUAUGGACGGAGGUCGACCAGCCAGAAUGCCCCGCAGUGAGCCCCACACUCGGCCCCGUACCUUCCCCCGACGAUCACACCGUCCUACAGUCCGCCAAGCAGUUUACUUUGGCACUUGACUCACUAAAACAGGUAUUCACGCAAGAAGUGUUUCGAGGCCUGCUCGGUUUUACAACAUGGUGGACAUGUUUCACGAUCUUCACUUCAACUUCACUCGGAAUGCUAUACCAGACGUACUUCGCUAACAGUUAGUGUUUAGUCGAAAGUAAAAUCGAAAGGUAAAAAAUAGUAGAUGGAUAGAAACGCUUGAUGGAACGCUAGAGUUUGGUCACUAUACUGUGUACAAGUCAGAAGUAGAAGAGGUUUGUUCAGCGAAGACAGAAUGUUGGCUGUGUGGAAUUUUUACUCAACGCAGGUACUAAGAGUUGAUCGACUGAUUACUCUGUAAGGCAGAAUACACAGUGAGAAUAAAUAAGCAAACAUGGUGAAACAUUUAUGCUUGUAUAACGUUUUGAGCUUAGUUCAGAAAGCGUUUGGGAAAGUGCUUCACAGUUCUGUACAAUACAACUUGGCAUGUUAGGCGAUUGUUUUAAAAUUCACAAUUAAUAAUUGUGUAUGCUAUAUUGUUUGUGUGAUGGAAAUUUUCUGCAAAUUUCUUAAAACGUGUAACAUAGCAAUUAUUUUUCACUAUUAAACACAAUAAUAGACAAAAUACCUACAUCAAUUGCAACUAACCGUCAGGGAACUUUAAAAUAUGUUUAACAUAACGUCCAUUGUUUUAAGUUACAAACUCUUCAGCUAACAGGUGGCGACAAGUUCAUUGUUGUACGGAUGGCUAAGUCAUGAAACAACGAAUAUGUGAAAAAUAUUCUGUCGUAGCGUGAAAAGUCCACAAUAAUUUUUAACAGGCUGAAGUCAGUUUUUGUUCGACCCUUUAAUACGAGAAUUGUUUAUGAUUUGUUUAUCAACGUCCUUUUUUUAGGUCGUUUAUCACAUGUCUUUCAACACAAAAAAAGUCCAUUUAACCAAAAUAAAAGCCAAAAAAAAAUAAAUAUCCGUGUCAUAUACUAGUGGAGACGUGUUGUGUGCAAUCCCUAUAAAACUUACUAAACACUUUAAUUUCUACCCAAGCCGAAUAUUUGGGGUGUGUCCUCCCCCUGGCUAAGCUUAGAUUAAUACAAAUUUUACUUGGACAAAUUUUAGCAACUCAAUAUUACUUAUACUUAUGCUCCAGCAUUAUUCUAUACUCAAAUAACAAUAAAAACUUAAAAUAAACAACAUUCUAAAAAUAGUAAAACAAUGUAAUUUUCUGAGUAAAAACAGUUGAACAAUGAGUAAAAAACACUUUGGAUUUUUGUUUACAAGAAGACUAGAAGUCCUUCAAAGAUUGGAUCCAAUUUUGAUGAAGAAACUGGCAAACAAGAAUGACCGAUUUAUGAGCAUAUUGAAAUAUAACCACAAUACGCCCACAAAUUGGCUGUUCCACUCCAGUACAAGAAUCAUUUCAAAUGUCAUUCGCUGCAUCCUUUCCCUAGUUGACGAUGAAAAAAUCUUAGGUAGAUUGAUCACUCGUCUUUUCCGUGAAAGAGACAAUCCAGGGUCUGUCCCAGCUCGGAUAGAAUUUCCGCAGCGACUGUGGUGGACGAUGUGGUCAACUCGCUUCAGUUAUAGUAUCCCAAAAAUCAACGCUUUUCUUGAUUCUUUUGGACACAAUUACAAAAGCAAGUUGACCAGCCUUGAUGUUAAGCGCCAUGCUGUUUGACGAUUCUUUCCCAGUGCUAUGAUGGAAUAUGGCAGAUAAGUACCUACUUAUAGGUCCUAACUAAGCCAAAUCAUAUUUACUCCAUUUACAAAAAUUUUACAAUAAUAAAAACAGUAAUGUAUAAGUUGGAUCAAGCUUAAUGAUGAUAUAAAAUAAUCAUGUAAUUUUUUAAACAACAGUUCAGUAAUAUCCUCUUAAUCUUUAAAAUCUUUUAAUGAAAACUCUUUAAUACACUUGCUCGGGUAACUUUUUGUAAAAAUUUAGUUAACUAUAGCUUAAACUAAAUUAAGUCAUCAUAUUGCAAACUAGUUUAUGCUGUAAAUAAAGAAAUGGAAUUGAAUUAAAUUUUGUCACCGUGAAUUUAAAACUAGCUUGAGUAGUUGUAAAGACAUUUACCUAUUCUUAAAUUGCUACAAUUUCCAGUAACAUGUGAACAUGGUUACACAACAGAA